GGAUGAUAAAGUGGCCAUACACUGUUUGUUUCAAAAAAGCUUGUGUUGACUGGUGCACAAGUGUUGUAUAUAAGCACAAGAAGCAAGCGAUUUGUAGACAACCGGUACAAGUGUGUUGAAGCAAAAACUUUAGCUUUCAAACACACAUUCAUAAUAAUCCAUCAAGAUGUCUAAAUUUAAGGCCUGCAUGAGUGAAUUCUUUAAAAAUGGGAAGCCAUUUUUUGCAGUUAUUUUCAUACAAUUUGGGUUUGCAGGAAUGGACAUACUUUCAAAAGCAGCUUUGAAUGAAGGUAUCAGCAAUUAUGUGUUUGUUGUUUAUCGCCAUGCAGUUGCCACCGUUGUUAUGGCUCCUUUUGCCUUAAUUUUUGACAGGAAAAUAAGGCCGAAGAUGACGCGCUCGGUUUUCAUCAAGAUUAUUUUUCUCGGGCUACUCGAGCCGGUUAUCGAUCAGAACCUUUUCUUUAUGGGGAUGAAAGCCACAACAGCCACAUUUACAGCUGCAAUGGUCAAUAUACUUCCUGCUAUAACUUUUGUUAUGGCAUGCAUUCUAAGGCUUGAGAAGCUAAAUCUAAAGGGCAUACGCAGCCAGGCAAAGGUAGUUGGGACGAUUACAACGGUUGCAGGAGCUAUGGUGAUGACACUGAUGAAAGGCCCAAUUAUAGAGCUGUUUUGGACAAAAGGAAGAACUUAUCAUGAGGUUGGAAACCAAGGAGUAGAUUUCCGUCAUUCCAUAAAGGGUGCUACUAUGAUCGCGGUUGGAUGCUUCAGUUGGUCAGGUUUCAUGGUUUUACAAGCAAUCACGCUAAAGUCCUAUCCUGCUGAGCUGUCUCUAACCGUUUGGAUAUGCUUGAUGGGAACAAUUGAGGGAGCAUUAGUGGCAUUAAUAAUGGAGAGGGGAAACACCGCAGUUUGGGCUCUAAAGUGGAAUACAUCACUAGUAGCAGUUCUAUACACGGGUAUAGUAUGUUCGGGUCUAGCAUUUUACAUUUCAGGAAUAGUAAUGAAAACUAGAGGCCCCGUGUUUGUGACUGCAUUUAGCCCAUUGAGUAUGAUCAUUGUAGCUGUGAUGGGAUCAAUUAUUCUAGCUGAACAAAUGUACCUUGGAAGGGUUAUGGGAGCCAUUGUGAUAGUCGCAGGGCUUUAUCUUGUCGUCUGGGGUAAAAGCAAGGAUCAAGAUGAAGUUGUUAAGUCUCUUUCGGCUGAUGAAGAAUUACCACAAAUACAGGAUAAAGAAUUCAAAGAAAACCGUAAUGAUAAGAUCAUCACCAUCAAAACAUCAGAUGGAGUUUCUGAUCAUCACAAUCCGAUUAAUGGUUUAGCCUAGCGAUUUUGUAACGCGUGUUCCAAAUAUUAUCGCGCUUCUAAUAAGUGUGUUUUAAUUUUGUUUAUGAAUUAAAGGAACUCUAAGAUGUUCUAUUAAUCACAUUUUAUGUAUGCAUUCUGUUUAUAAACAAACAUCUUGUUUGUUAGGUCAUAGUAAAUGUUUUUCUUUUACAUUCA